CGUCAAAGUUUUUCCAUUCCAAAUAAUCGAUUUCUAGCUUUCGUCGUCGUCGUGCGGAGUAAAAAUUAUCUCUCAGCCGUUCGUUGUUCCGGAAAAUAAUCCAGUGUUAAUCUCAAAGUUAUUGAACUGAUAGCGCGUGGAGUUCUAGAAUUGGGAAGUAAUAGUUUCGCUGGUGCUGUUAUUUCCUCUGGUGCUCCUUGGAAUCGCAGAUUAAUACGCCCGGAAAAAAAGAUUCGGCUGGUGGGAGUGUGAGUGCGUAGCGCUGCUGCUGGCAAUAAAAAUUAAAUCAAAAUAUACGCGACUUGGAAGAGUUGGCAAGAGAAAAGUGAAAUCUCACCAGGCAAAGACCCGUCAGGAGGAUUUCCCUUUUAACGGUGGAAUCAUUGAGUUUACGGUAGUUUUUCCUGAUUGUGCUGGAAUCGAUACUGCCGGCAGAUAAUUAUUGCGUCGUUCAUCUGAUCAGACCGGAUUCCAGAUUCUACUGCAAACAAAAGAAUACCAAUCCCAGUGCAUCGCAUUCUAAUGGAUAUCUUCAUAGCUAUGGAAUGGUAUUAUAGAUAUUGAUCGGUUCAAGCUUCGAAUUAAUGUCGCACGGGAUUUUGUCUAAUUUUGUCAACGAUUUGACUUAAGAUGCCUACGAACAACAUUAAUUACAAAUCUUAGAUGAUAAUAACCGAUCUCAAAAGCGCUAGUUAUGGUCACGUUAUGCACUUUUCGUUAGCCUAAGAGCAGAUAGCCAAUGGAGGAUUCACCAUAUCUUCGCACUUCCUCGAUGUUAAACGUGGAAGAUGGAGAUGAACCACGAGAACAAGAAACAACGCCGCAGGAGGAAAAUUUCGUCGAAUCAACCAGAGCCGCAGAGUCAAACAGAUUCUCGACAGAUUCGACAUCAACGUACGAAAUAGUUGAUUGCCAUUCGCCAGAGUCUAACGAUGAAAUGUGGAGCAAUGUGGUGAAAAUUACUCGUGCAACUAAUGCUGCCGUCGCGGCGAUGGUCGGAAGUGGUGAGGGUCAGGAAAUAGAUGAAGAUCGGGACCGCGAUGAGGAGGAAGACUAUGAAAUACAGGAAGCUGAAGAAGAUUUGUUGCAACAGCGACGAAAGUUUGAACUAGCUAGAUCUUCGACUAAGGAAGAAAAACAGCGACAAAACGAAGAAAUCCUGAUCAUGAAGUCCAACUCGGUUUCGUCAGAAAAUAAUUCGUGGGAAACGUUUUCUCCAUCGAAACCUGUGACUGGAGAAUCGUUCGAUAAUACGGAUCCUGUGGAAAUUCCUUCCUUAGCGCAAAGUAAACCCGGAACAUCAAAAGCUUGCUUCAUCGAUGCUUCAUCUUUGUUUGACGAGGAUGAGGUUACCUUUCCAUCAUUCGUGGACAGUAGUUUGCAAGAAGAAAAGGCUACCAUUUCUCUAUCGGCUAUCCUGAGCGAUGAUGAGAAAUUGAAAAGUUCAAACGGCCCGGCGCAUUUAGACGUCAAAGACCAAUAUUCCUCUCUUCCGGAUAAUGAUUUUCUUACAAAUAAGUUGCACAUAAAAGAACGCGAUUCCGUUGAUUGUACUGAGGAAGCCAUCGCUAGACAGGAAUCUGAGAGAAAGCAGGGAACAUUUUUGUUCCAAAACUCUAUACAGCAGUAUUCUGGGCAUUCGUUGGAGCCUAAUCUACAGUUCCCUGACGAGAACUUUAGUGAUAUGUCACUACCUAGCGUUUAUUCGUCUAGCAGUGAGCCGAAUUACGAAUAUAGUUCACUCGCGUUGGACAAUAGUUCUCGGUUUAUGACAACUGGUGGUAUCAACACUAGUGGAUAUAACUCCGGUUCUGCAGACUAUUCUUCAAGGGUAGCUCAUUCUACGGACCAGGAAAAUUCUCAUUAUCCUGAUACACCAUUCAAUUCGAUAGUUCAUGUGAACUCAGCUGUCAGCAUUCCAUCAAUGGCUCAUCGUUUAUUAGAAGAAAGUCGGGAAAGUUCAGUGGACAGAGAAUCCCAUUCAACGCCGAUCAAAAUACCUAAAAGAAUCCAGAAACAUGACGAGUCGGCUCCAAUAGUUUCCGGUGGAGCUUCAAUCGAAGACUUCACUCCGAAGCUGUGUGAAAGCCCGGCAAUUCGGCGGCGAACCGACACAUGUCCAAUUGUAUCUGGUGGAAUCAGCUUCGAAGAAAACUAUAAACCAGAGGAACGUGUCAGAAAGUUGAGUAGUUCUGCCAAAUCAUGGGUCGUGGAUUUGAAAAACUGUCCUGAUGACGAAAAGUCGGCUGCAAUUUCAUCUAUAGAGCAUAACCGCAGCGGAUUGGGUUUCUUUGUCGAUUUUGGCAGCAUAAAGACACCGGAAGAAGAAAAGUCCAUUGUGGCUAACAAUAAGCCGCAGAACAAAGCGCAUCAUGAUUUGAUGAAGAAAUCAACCGGUUUUUAUAUAGACCUCUCGGAUGGAGAUAGUUCAAGAAGCAACACUCCAAAGCUAACCAAACCUGGAACACCACCUGUGAAAUCUGCUUCUAGCUGCAAUAGUUCACGAGCAGAAUCUGUCGAAAAGGAUGCCAAGAAGAACAUGUUUUCUAUGUUCAUCGAUAUCGGAAACGAAGCAGCACCGAAACCAUCCUCAGCUCCUCGCCGAUUUUCGGCAGCUUCCACGGUUGGGCCUACUAAAGAAGAAAGUCCUAUCGGGCAAGGACCGGUUAGGCCGGCAAAUUUGGGAACUGAUGAAAAGAAAAACUGUUACAUGUUCAUUGAAUCAGAUUCUUCACCUAUUGUACGGAGAAGCAAUCCCUCAUCUAUGUCCAAAAAUGAAUCUAAGCGCCAUUCUUGGAACCCCACCACCACUGAGGGAACAUUCCACGAGCGACGGAUUAUGAAUAGGGAGUAUCAACGAUCGACUAGUGUUACCAGCGAUAAGGGCAUAAUGAAUAUCUUGGAUAAGAUCCCACUUCUUUCUAAAACAUCAAGUAUGUCGAUUGAUUCGUCGGUUUCGCCAUUCGAAGAUUUUACCUGUUCAAAGUCAGAGUUGAGUACGUACUCCAAUCAUUCCGUGUCGUCCAACUCGGCACAUUCCAGCAACGAGUCAAAAGUUUCUCCUAAGGACAACGCUGCAACAGGGGCUCCAGAAAUGACGGCUUCAGUGAAAAAGAAAAGAAAGGAUGUGAAAAUCAACGAGACUUUCGACAAAAGCAGCCAAGGAUCCGUUACUGAUGGAAUCCUAUCUUCCAAUGAGGAUACUUCUCCUGUUUCCACGACUACCGAUACGGACGAUGUAACAUUCCAGAACAACCCAGCAGAUGAACCAAACGCCAUUCUUCCGGAGGACCCCAAAAGUCCCCAACAAGUUCAGGAAAUCAAGUUACCCCAUUCGAUUGGCAAACAAAUGGAGACCAUUGUCGAGGCUGUCGAAAGCUCCCCAAAGCAUAUUGCAAACGGUAACAACCGUAAGGCACAGCACACGAUGGAAACGCUUCAUGCGACCAUCGAGAAGCAAAAGCAACUGUUGGAGACUGUUUCGGAGAACGUUGAGUCCCAGAGCACUUCGUUUGUGAAACUGUCGGACAUGGACAAACCCCCGGUGGCACCAGCUAAGUUCGAACUCCAUUCUUCCAGCAAUGGUAACGGAUCAUCUGCUAGCACCGGAUAUAUGUCAAACUCGGCUGGUUCGAAUCGCGUGGCUCGCUUGUUUGGUGACACCCACAAAUACAACACAAUCGGACCCUCCCAUCAGACUCAACAGCAACAACAAAAGCAGCAGCAACACAACUACUAUGCUAACGGCACGGCUUCCAUGGAACGGCACUCGUGGAAUAUGUCACGAUCUACGGGAAACAACUUCAUGAACUUGUUCUCUUCGGUGGAGAAUUCUAGGAGUCUCAGUCGGUUGUUUCCCCACCUUUCGAAAGCUUUCAGCAACAGCUUGCCGUCCGAUGUUGGUAUGAACUCUGGCCCCCGGGGAUCCGAACUCAAUGAGUUCAUCACGUCGGACUUUUCGUGUACCUCUAGUAUUACAUCUAGUCGUUCUGGAAUUGAAUCCAUCGAUGAGUCUAUCUCUAGUCGCCAGCCUCGUCGGUUAGGUGAGGACCUGCUAAAGAUGUUCCUCCAGGAAAUUGCUACCGAUGUGACCAUCGAAGCCGAGUCAAAGAAAAUGCGCGCCCACAAGUGUAUCCUGCGGUCGCGUUGUCAGUACUUCGCCGCAAUUCUAGCAGGUGGAUGGGUGCAAAACGCUGGUAAUGUGAUAAGCUUACCCGGCUACUCGUAUGCGGCGGUGCAUUUUGCGUUAUGUCAUAUCUAUUCCGGAGCAUCGCAUCCACCAGAGGGUAUCAGCUUGAUGGAGCUGGCAGCACUGUCGGAUCUACUUGGCCUGGAAGGACUUAAGGAAGUUACGGCAUAUGCGCUUCGAACCAACUACUGUCACAAUUUCCACAAGCCUUGUUCUGGAUGUACAGAUGGGGUACUUCAAGUUCUACCGGUAACGUUGAACCACGGCCUGGAUGAUUUAUAUAGGAAAUGUUUGAAAUGGGUAUGCCGGCACUAUGUGAAAAUAUGGUCAAAUAAGCAGUUCUCUCAGCUACCCGUGGAUGUUGUUAAUCGCUGUAGACAGCAGAUCGUUGCCCAUCUGACAUCCGAAUCUGUGCUGAAUGCGAUCCUGGAUAGCGAGCAACUGCUUACCGUUCUCCAUCCUUACAAGUGGUCCGUCGAAGUGGAGAAUGUGGUUCGGGAUAUCUUGGAUGCUUCCUAUGAUUAUAUUCAGGAUCACUUCGCUUCUUUGUUGGCUAGCGAUAGUUUCCUCUCGCUGGGUCAAAACUACAGUUGGGCCAUUUCGCACGUGGAACCUAUACUGCUUCGAGCAGCGACAAGUUUGAGCCCCGACCAAGCUUGCAAGAGCUAUCCCCGUGCCACAAGAUUGCAUAAACUGUUGCAAGCCAAAGUACUGACAAUGACAACGACACCAUCAUCAAAUGACAGCAAUGUUAAUAUUUUAAAUGUCUAUGACAAGAAAAAACAUGAGAUCGAUUAUACCCGAGAAGAGGAAGAGAUGGAUUGGUGUGAUGAGUUCGUUGGGAUGGUGAAUGCGAUUCUCUCGGCAGUUGAGCAGUGUUUAAUCAGACAGUGCGCCCGAGCAAUGCGAGUCAAUUCUUGGCAACGAAUGGACAUCGAAUUGAGGAACAAGAUACAGAAACUAGCGUGUCUGAUGGAACCGACUGAGGAUCGUAAAUCCCGGUCGAGGUACUCGUAUUCCUCCCAAACAAGCUCGUCGUCGUCAAUUCAUUCCCGAACCAACGAUCUGCGACAAGUUCGACUGGCCAUUCAGGCUCACACUAAGCGAUCGUACGAAAAUCAAAGUCACAAUGUGAACAACAAGACCACUACGCAGCACACACAAACAGUUGUCCAUCACAACGAUUUGAACAACGUUAUCAACAAUCAUAGAUCUACAAAAUCUCACGACAUAAACGAGCGAAACAACAUUCGAGUCGACCUCCAAAUCAAUGAAAACGGCAAACUAUCCAAGACGGCUUCCAAAAGCAAUGUUCCUGCAGAACCGAAACCAACAAAGGCACCCAUCAAGGUGGGGCUCCUCAGCAAAAACAACCUCUCCAAUCAUAAACGCUCACAGUCGGAGGAUAUGGGAGCGAAGGUCGUUAAGCCAGAACCUCUGAAUAACUUGAAGAACAAGCUGAGCAACGUGAAACCGCGCUAUUUGGAACCGAAAAAGCCCAAAAAUACGAGCAAUCUGCAGGUUCAGAAUCUCUCGUCGAGUGGCAGUUCAACGCGCACCUCUAGCCCGGCGACCGGUCGUAAAAAGGGGCCAUUAGGUAACAUCACCAAACAUGGCCACGAUUCAAACAUUUCUCUGGACAGUCUCUCUUCACCGGCUAAAAACGCUAAAAGUUUCAAAGCUCGUCCAACCAUCAAUGAGAUGGACGUGUCCAUCGAUUCACUGGCCGAAUCGUUGAAAUCUAACUCUCUCAAAACUAACAGUACACUGUCUCACGAAUCCCUCAUCUACCAAGAGUACUUCAAGACCAAGGAAACGAAUCUCGAGAAACCUCAACAGACAUACUCCAAAUCCAACCCGAUGAUAUUCAAAGAUCGAACCAACGGCCCCAAAUCAGUUGACUCUCUAGCGGCCAACAAAACCACAACACAAAUCAAAAGCAAUCUCAAGCCAAGUGGUCCAAGCAGUUCCAGACUAGGACCGAACAAACCAGCUCCUUCAUCCCAUUCGGGAAUCAAUCGCACAGCUUCAUCUGCGAGCGUUAGUUCCACUUCUUCAUCGUCGUUUGUGAAGAAAAGUUUCCUGUCGCAGCGCUCGCGAGAAAUACUUGCCCGUCGAUCGAACGACACGAAAUCCAACUCAACAAACUCCAGCAACAAGUCUGCUGCCUCUUCGCCAAGCCUUCUCUCCAGGGACAAAUCAGCAGCCAGCGACAUCACAAAGUCCGGCUCUACCGCCUCAAUCACCGCUCACAUUUCCGGUACGCGAAAAGUGUUCAACACUACGCUUCAUCUUCGUAAAACGGCUAAAUUGAAAUCGGAUUCGAUUCCGACUGCCAAACAGGCAAAUGAAUCAAAACCCCAUGCCAAAAAUAGCUAUAUCCCGAUUGCUGGUGGUCCGCAGUCUCGAAAAUCUUCGUCGAUGGUCAAUCGUUCAAACAGCAAUAGCAGUAACAGCGGAGGCCUUAGAGGCGCUAAGAAUGUGACUGCCGUGAUGGUACCGGCGCCGGUAGCAGCGCCCGUGCCAAUAUUCGUCGGAAACAAUUUACACGGGGAUGCCUACACCUCUUCUUCUUCUGACUCCAGCAAUAGCAGUGCAGAGAACAACCAACCACUGCGAGUGGAGUCAAAACUCGAACGGUCAAAUACGUUCUGUAUGGAGGCCUCGGAUAACCCCGUGGUGCUACAGAUAGUGGAAUAAAGUGAUAGCAGAAGGUGGAUGUCUCUACUUGGCAGCGUGUGAUAAGCAGAUUGUGAAACUACAACGGGGCUGCAAAUUUUGUGAAUUCUUCAUACACUCUUCGUAAGGUAAGUACGGUGCGUUAAGCUACCGGAUAAAAAGCUUAUUGUCAUCAAUACAUAAAUAUCGACCACAAUUAAAUUAUUCUAUAAUCAAUCAAAAGUGAAAAGUGAUAAAGAAGAUCGUUUAAUUUGGACUGGACAAUUGAAAAUAAGAAAAAAAAUACACUUAAAUCAGAUAAUUUAAUUGUUCAGGCAAAACUGACAUGUGCUUCAUCACAUCUAAUCUAGUCAUUUAUUUAUAUCAGAAUAUAUUUGUGUUCUUCUGUAAGAGACAAUCGGCAGGAUUCCUUUUAAGUAUUUGCUACUACAAACAAAUGAGAGGAGAGAAGAAACGCCGAUAUGACUGUGAUUGAGGUAUAUUUGAGCAGUAUUUUUGAGAGACAUUAAAAACCCGGCAUUCGUCGGAUGUAGUUGGACUUGAUACGAUAAGUGGACCUGAGCUAUAAAAAUUGAGCAGUACUAUCUUUCGAGUUACACGCGUCUUGAAUAAGAUGAAUAGUUGCUUCACGUAGAGCAGUUUCCACGACAGCACUACAUACAAAAAAUGCAAAUGCUUCUCAAAAAGUACUUAACAUCGGCAAUAAUAUUGUAAAGAGGAACAAUUCUCUCAAACGUAUAGCUUUUAGUUCGGAUAUUCGUAUACUUAUUGUAGUUGAUUAUCUCAUACGACUACCUAUACAGCAACAGCUAACCAAUCGA